AUGGACGCGGGAAAGGCGGCCCAAGUGCUGCGCAAAAUCGAAGACCUUAAUGAGAACCAUGAAAUCUCAAUCGUCAGACUCAGCGAGCCCAUCUCCAGCGCCGUCGCGCAAGAAUCACGACAACGGACGUCAGACGCAUCCAACGCAUCCCAAGAUGCCGCGACACCAGCCAGCCUAGAGGCCGACCUCGAGCACUACAAGGAGCUCUUCGCCAAGCUGCGGUUCUCCUACGUCGAGCAAGUCACAAAAGAAAAGUUCAUACGCGCCAUUGUUGGCGAUCCGCCCGUGAUCGUCACGCCGCAGGAGAAUCUAGAGCUGGAGAAGGCGAAUCUCGAGGCCAAGGCGCAACUCAAGGCUCUCAAGGUGGAGGUCGCAGACAUGGUGACGGAGCUGGAGAGGAAGGGCAAGGAGCUGGCGAAGCGGUACGACAACGUGUCGCUGGACACAACGAAGCUGAGGGAGCUGCCCGACAAAAUUUCCGAGUUGGAGGAGCAGGUGGCGGAGCUCAAAGAGUCGCAAGCACCGGGGCAGAGCCCGAUGAUGAACCUGCCUCUCGCGAGGACCCUCGAACUGGUGGACGAGAAGAAGAGGCAGCAGCAGCAGUUGGAUCGCGAGCUGGAGCAGUUGCAGGCCAAGGUGCCGCGCAAGAGAAAGGAGUUGGAAAGGCUGCAGGCUGAGUUGAUGCCCUUGGAGGCCAAGAGGCAGAACAGCACGGCAGCUGCCAAGGAGGCGCGAAGGCGGAAGGAUAGAGCCGGUGGUGAUGCAGACGACCUCGAGGAGCGGGGCCGCUGGUUGAGAGCCAGCGAGGCGGCGCUCAAGCAGAUGUUGGAUAUCCAGGGUUGA